AUGAGUGUGCAAGACCCCAUCAGGCGUGUGAUCAUAGAGCCCAUUGGAAUAGAUUCCGUCGGCUUCAUCGACGCUCUAUCCAAAGAAGAGCUCAACACCGCCUCUGAGUGGUGCUCUGUACUCAAACUCGCGACGCCGAAGGGAUUCGCUGACAUCCGCACGUUCGCCGUCAAAAAGCGGCUCCCUAUGUUCCUGCGCGUGGAACAGGUGGUUCUCGCGCACAACCAUGAGCUUGAGGACCUGCUCUUGCGGGUCCGCAAGCGGUUCGGCGAGCGCACAGAGUCGGUAAGCUUCUAA